CUAAAUACGUAAACGUAAACAAUAAAACUUGCCAAAAUGUUAGAUGAAGAAGUUUCUACGAAGGAAGUAACAGAUAUUAAUGAACAGUCUGAGGUGCCAGAAUUUGCGAAAUCUGAGAAACAGGAAGCUCGAGCUUUUUUGAGAGAAAGAUUUAUACAAUUUAUGAUGUCAAUUGUUGGAAAAAAAGCCGACUUUCACAUGUAUGAAGAUACUAAUGUAUCAGGCGAAUUUAGAGGUUGCGACGUAGAAUGUUUAGAAUUAUUUGUAAACAACUUAGGUACACCUUUAGGCAUUGUUCCAAAAGCGAUACUUAGAGCUACAGAUGUAAUAAGUUUUGAUGUAAAUAAUGUGAAGCCACUUGAAUAAUUGAAAUAUCAUUAUAUUUUACUCCUUUAAA